UUAAUGCGGUAUUGCAUGUGCAGAUGAUCUCUAUAUUACAAUAAAUAAAACUAAUAUGCAAAACCGAUGCGCUUUUACUAGAAAAUAAAAAGUUAAAUUGUAAACUAAAAUGUUAUAAAAGUGAUCCUGAUUUGAUGUGGCAUGAGCCCGAAAAGUAUUUUAAAGAUGUACAUAAAUUUACCUCCAGCUAAAUUAGAGAUGGAGCAGGACACACAUUGGUAUAAGACAACACGGAUAUAGCCAGUAAACAUAUAUAAAAAUCAGCUUGUUGGAGAAAUAAACAUCGAACAACAAAAUCGGUAUUCGGAAUGCAAGAGCGGCUAAAGAAACUACAUAUAUUUUUUUGUACCAAGUCAAAGUUACAUUGAAGAUAACAGCAUGCUGGGUCGUCGAAAAGGCUUGACUUCCAGUAAAGUGUUUGCCGACCCACAGCCAGCACUCUUGGUAGCCCUCCCGAACUGCAAUUCGCGUUCAAAAAAGCUACAAAACAAGGAACAACAACAUAGAGUACAUCUAUAUUCUGGGAGUCCAUUGAACAUCAAGUUUAUCGUACCAGGGAGUGUUAAAAGUAGUAGUCCGAGCACUCGGAAACAAGCAGUAACGGCAACGAAUAAUCAACAACCAGCUAUGCAUCGAAAGUCGAAAAGCAAAAGCAAGCUUAUAGCUUUCAACAAUCAUUCAUUUUUUUUACCCAGUAAAAUGGAAGAUCAACAAUCCGCAGACCAUUCAUCAUCGGUGCUUGUGGAAACAGUCGAAACAUGUAAAAGAACUUCUGUUGGUAUAGGGGUAAAGAAAGGAUUUUCAAAGGAUUUUCCCAAUAUAAACAGUACUUCAAAGAGCCUGCAUUAUCGCAACAACAACAACAGUGCUACGAAAAGCCAUCGUUACCGCAACAAUAAAAACGGAAACCACUUUUUUUCUAUUUUCCCGUCAUCAGCGGUGAGAUUCAAAAUGAUGAUUCCGCUUCCAUCGUUUGGCGCCACUUCGUUCGUCACUCUGCUCACUCUUAUUUGUAUGGAAACUGUUUUGCUUUCCACCAUGUCCAGUUGCGCUAAAACGUUCUAUAUGCAUUGGAAUACUUCAAACAGCAUAUUUCGGAUUGACAACACCGACCAUAUAAUUGAUGUUAAUAAAGGCAAUCUGGCGUUUGAAUUUGAUCAGGUGCAUAUAAUAUGCCCAGUUUAUGAACCAGGAACAUUUGAAAACGAAACUGAAAAGUAUAUUAUUUACAAUGUGUCCAAAGUCGAGUACGAAACAUGUCGCAUAACAAAUGCAGAUCCGCGAGUAAUAGCUAUAUGUGAUAAACCUCAGAAAUUAAUGUUUUUUACAAUAACUUUCCGGCCAUUUACACCGCAGCCAGGUGGUUUGGAGUUCCUACCUGGAAAUGAUUAUUACUUCAUUUCAACUUCAUCAAAGGAUGAUUUAUAUCGAAGAAUUGGUGGUCGAUGCUCUACAAAUAAUAUGAAAGUGGUGUUUAAAGUGUGUUGUGCCGCCGAGGAUACGAACAGAACCACAACAAUAACCAAGUCAAUAUCAGGAGCCGACACUGGCGGAACUAUCAGUGUCAAUAUAGCAGCGAGUGAUGAUGGUCAUGGUCACGGCCAAGGCAACAACGUUGCUUUUGGAACGAGCAAUGGUAUAGGCGGAGGCCUAAUCCCAGGCGGUCCUCAAUCGGCGGGAAUGCCCAUUAAUCCGAUUAAUGGCAAUAAUAACAUCAACUUGAACGGCAUAUCACCUACUGCUAACUCUAAUAUUGACCAAUUUAACCGCAUACCAAUACAACCAAACAUAAUAGGUAACAACGUGUUAACUAAUCCCGUUGGACCUGGAAUUGUUGGGGGUAGUGGAAUUAUAUUAACCCCUGGCCACGGUCAUGGCAACAUUAACAUGCUGCAACCAGGACGCGGGGGAAUAAACGUAGGUUACCCUAGUCAUCACCACAUCCAAACUGGGAUCCGGAUAAACAAUGUACCCACGCAGCACAAUUAUCCACCUCACAAGGGUAAUGUUAACAGCAAUACCAACGGAAAUGAUGACCACCAAUACAACAAACAUCCUAAUGAGGUUGUAAAAAAUGAAGAGCUGACAUACAACAGUGGCACAGGUCCAGCAGAAAGGCACAUCUUCUCUUCGUGGAUAUGGCUUUGCUCAUACUUUCCUAGCUGUUUGCCUGCGGUUUGGAUAAAUUCAUCUAUAGUAUUAAGCUUUGUAGCGAUCCUCGGCAUCCACUGUCUAUUUCAACACGCGCUGCAAACGACUGGAAUGAUGGAACUUACAUCAGUCAACAGCAACGACUUGUUUCGCCUCACACCCGCCACAAUCAGACAUAACCGAUAAAUUAAAAAAAAAGAAAUAAUCGAUUUUAUGUGGUCCCCUGCAUAGCAUCUACUUUAAAUUUCAACAUCACUUAACGUUAGUAUUGGCAGUGAUAAAAAGUAGUGGAAAAUGUUAGAACGACACAGAAAGUUUGCUAAUAUUAAUUUGGAAGUGUAAUUGCAAUUGAUCGAGUUAGUCUGACUCAAAAUUUAAUAUAAUAGAUGAGAUAGAAAGGAGAAAGGUGAAAUAGAAUUAAUAAGUAAACAAAUUAACAUAUAAAAUAGAUAUAGUUGUCUAGGUAUAAUUGAUAACGCUUGGGAAGAGGAGGAUAGCAGAUAGGAGAAUGGCAUUGCGAAGUAGAACAUCAGAUGCAAUAGAAAGGGCCAGGUAUAUAUACCAGCAUCAAGUGCCUAGUCACUAUGUCUACUGUCCUCCCUUAGCCUUUCUUGUUUUUUGAACACCACUUUUUUGAAUAUGUGCGCGUAAGGAAUAUAAAGUAAGCUUAUCCGUAUCCGUAUAGAAGGGAUUUUGUCAUCAUCACAGCAGCUAUUGCUUUAGCUGACUAAGUAAAAAGACCAUUCCGACAUUCUCUUGUCUUAUUUGAGAAUAAUACUGAACAAAAUGUCCAGAAUCGCAUGACUUAGUUAACAUUUUGUUUGUUCCUAGUAAUUUGAGAUUCAAAAAAGUUUAAAAAAUCCCCUUUUUUUAUUUAAUCCUCGUGCAAAAACCUGUACAAAGGUUAUUUCGACUGAAAUUAAAAAAUAUAUAUAUAUUAAUUAAAAGCGCUUAUUACAAAGCACGUAGUAAAUUAGGUAUAAGUCCUUCAAACCGGUAUAUUGCAGAUCGUUGACACGACGCAUAUGUAUAUGUAAUUUGAUAAGAUUGAAUGAAAUUUAUGUAUGUGUGUUUAGUAUGUAUUGAUGUAUGUUUAAAAUCAUAGUAGGUAUUUUGAAUAUGGUAAAGGUGAAAUUCAAAGAACUUAACUAUAAGUUUUAUGUUCUUUUUUGUUUUGUUUUUAUUCUGUGUUUUGAUUUGAAAGAAAUACCAUUUUAUUUUGUACAUGAACCAAGCAGUAUAGAGAAGUGAUUCUUAACAUUAAAUAAAAAUAUAUGUAUAUAUACAAACAACAAACGCAUACUUAUAUACAAGAAAUGUUUAGGUGAAACGUUAUAAACUCUGUAAAUUUAUUUUAACCAAAAUUAUUUAAAAAUCAUAUAAUUUAAAAAAAAAUACAUUGAAGCAUCUUGUGCUACCUUUAUGUGAAAAUAAAAGGGUUACAAUUUACAUACAUAGUCUAUAUAUAGUAAUUACUUCAAUACAUUAGAACGUGAUUACAUAAACGUGUCUAUAAUUUAGUCCGAUACUGUGUUGAUACUGCAGGCAUAACUAAAUUUGCCACAGCGAGUUAACUAUUUACAAAUUAUAAUUGAGGAUAGACAGAAAACAGACUACAUCCCAUAUUUCCAAUUUAAAAUUUAUUUAUUUUGCUGCGGUUAGAUAUAAAACAUACUUUUUGUGCAUUAAAUGUAAGAUUGGUCGUUUUCGUAUUUUGAGUUUUUAAGGAACAUGUGCUUUGUGUUUAAGAACUUGAAUUCUUUAAUUUCCAGAUUUUUUCGAACUCUGGGCAAUUGGAACCUUUUACUGCCCACAGCAAACCUGAACACUAAACCGAAUUUAUUACGAUCCAGCGGUUGAAACCGAAAUCAGCCAGCCCCAUUUUAUGAGUGACGACCUUUAAUACUGAAUAGCUAAGGUAAUGGUAGCCUUUAAAGCUUCAAAUAUAUUUAUUUGGUUAGCCUUAAAGGUAUUUUUACCUUGACAGAAAAAUAUGAAUGCGGACCGUCCUGUUACUUAUUCAAUUAUUUUAUCAUACUACCCACACAUUACAUACUACAUACAAUCAUACAUAGAGACAUACAAUAGAACCAUAACAAGCUACAUAAUAAGACAAGAGUCAAAAUAAUAUAACGAAUCGAUAGGAUAACACAUAUUCAGACAGCACACAUUACAUAAAUACAAUUUAAUAUGCAGCAGCAGAUUUCUUGAAAUUGUCAGGAAGGAGAAUGGCUCACCAAAAAUUCGAUAAGUAACUAGCAUUUGUCUGCGAUCGUAAAAAACAGAAUAAGAUACGUUUACUAAGUUAAAACAACUGACUCGGCAAGUUUAGUUUCCAUCUUAAGAAAUCAUUUUUUUCGUACAAACACUAUCAUUAUCUUGAUGGCAUAGAGUAUGUUUCAUUACGGCAAAUAUUUUCUGAUCUGAUCGUCAUAUUUCGACCUUUUUGUUAAAAUGCACUCUUAACUUUUUGUGAUCGUUGCUGGGGCAACAAAAGCUAUAGAGUCCUUUAAAAAUUGUUUACAUUAAACAUGAAAUUAUUUGAUUUUAUAAAAUACAAUGACGAUGCACAAAUAACUGUAAACCCAUGUAAUAAUGUAAUAAUUCAAAACUUAAAAACUUGAAUUCUCAACAAUGAUCUGUUCAAAUAUAUAAUUUAAUACGAUUGUAUACACAAAUUAUAACAGUAUGCAUUGACUCUGGUAUGCAUUUGUAUUUUUAUGUUACCGAAAGAGCAGAGUAUAACAGUAUAACAGCAUGCAUUGACUCUGGUAUGCAUUUGUAUUUUUAUGUUACCGAAAGAGAAGAAGAGUAUAAUGUAGUUUUUAAUAGUAGCUCAGCAUAUUUAUACCUACUUAUACUGUUUAAGGAGUAACAUAAGCAAGUGCAUAUGACAAAACUAUGAAUGAGCAUUACAGACAGCAAAGCGAGCUAAAAUGUAUUAUCGAAAAUAAAAGAAUUUUAAAUUUACAUUUCAA